AUGGGUGGCAUUCUUUUGCCACAACCCGUCCAGCCCAACGACUCCACUUCGGCCAGUCGGGCAAGUCGAGGCCGGGCCCAAUUCGUGACCACUUUCCGCGCCCAUUUCGUUCAUUUCUCCCAUUUACGACGUCCAGUUAACAGGAAUUGCAACAGGUCGAAACAGCCAAGACGUCAGAGCAAAAAAGGUCAACGACCAGCUCUGCUCGAGCCCAUCUUUUUCGGCCGGCGGAGAUGGUACUUGAAGAGGCACUCUUUGCUUUUCAGCACUGAUCGCCGCUAG